ACAGCAGGGGGUUGGGGCAGGUAGGCCUUAAGGUCCCUUCCAACCCAAAACAUUCUGUGAUUCUAUGAUUCUGAUUCUAUGAUUUGAAUGUGGACUACCAACAUUACAACCAGCAGCUAACACCAGCUGAGCAUGCUUGAGUGGUAGUUGGCUCUAGGCUACCGAAUUGUCUUGCAGAGUUAAUCUCAUUUCCUCCUUUUAAUUCCAGUUGGUUCAGCUUCUGCUUUCUUCUUUUUCUACUCUUAUGGAAGGAACUUGUUUGUAGGCAGAGGCCUACAAAAAGUAAGAAUAGCAACAACAGGUUAAAACUACAGGGCUUCAAACUGUUCCCAGGUUUCCUGCACUUUAUGGUUGGCUAGUUCUGCAGUUGGCAUGCAGGUUGCGCUUUUCUUUGCCUCCCAGCGUUUGCACUGUGGGACUUGCUGUGGAGGGAGCGGUGGGCACACCUGUUCCAGGAACGUAAACUGUCAGAGCUGACCUCUGUUCACCUGCUGGCAGGUGGUGCGUAUGCGCUUGACUACCCUGGUGUCUUAGUUUCAGCUGGGAAGGAAUUGUUUUCUUCAGAGUUAUCUGGUAUGAUGCUAUGUUUGGUUCUAGGAGAAAAACAAUGCUGAUAACGCACUAAUGUUAGUAGUUGCUGCUAAGCAGUGCAGUGUAGAGCCAAGGUCAUUCACAGCAAAGAGCCUCGGUCUCGGGAGCUUGGAGGGAAAGGAAUUAGGAGCGCUGACUUAAACUGGACAAAGGAGUAUUCCAUACCGUAUGACAUCACGUGGAAGGAGAGUUUUGAAGGGGGCAAGCUGGGCACCAGUCGGUGAGCGAUUGCUUGUGUAUCACUUGUGCAUCACAUUGAUCAGGUGUUGCUGGUAAGGAAACACAACACCUCUGCCCACCAGGUGUCUGUAUUGUCAGGGCUGGCAGAACUACAAGGAAACCUGUCCAGAUACGACGAAACGUAAAAGCAAAGUAUAAAAAUAGGGCUUCAGCAAUUGUAACACCACAAGGAAGAGGAAAACAAGGUAACGCCCAAACCUGUAUGUGCCUGCAUUGGUGUGUGUGUCUAUGUGCAGCAGCAGAGCACGAAUCUUGUUGGGGUGAGGGCUUGUGCUGUAGGCGGGAGAAGAGGUGAUGUUUAGAAGCAGCCCCAUCUUGGACGUGGUGUCUCUCCAAGGCCAUGCUGCACCUCACCCCAUUACACACAGCACUUUGUUACCGCAGAGCUCAAUGGGACCACGAGCAAAGGGAAACCACAACUGUUCGCGCAGCAACGGGAAAUGGGUGUCUGCUUGGUGAGCAGCCGAUAAGGGCAUCGCUGCUGGGGAGUGGGUUCACCAAAUCUCAGCUCCAAAGGUGGCCAACCCAGCUGCAGGGAGCAGAUAACAGCGUGGGUCCUGCCCAUCCUGCUGCCUGAACGCCCCCUGGGUCUCUGGGGGAAGAGGUGGGAGGAGGAUGGGGUGCUUGGCUUUAGGUGGAGCAGCAGCUGUGGUUUCACACGGGAAGGGCCUGGCCCCCGGUGCCAUCAGGUCCCACUGCUCCAAGCACCACUGCCAGUAGAAGUGUCACCUUUGCCCCGCUGCGCCCCAGCGUCCUCCACUGAAGGUUAGUAGCACAGCGAUACCAGAUGCUCCCCAGCCUGGGAAGAGCAGGAUAGCAAGGGAAAAUGACAUGUGUACUCAUGUACGUGUAUUGAUUUAAAGACACUGAUGAGUAGAAACUUAACGGCAAAGUUUUGUUACUGUUAAGCAAGGUGUUCUUUAUUGGCAGUGCUGGGGUAGCAUUGAGGUAACUCUCCAGGAACGCUCCCCCAGUUGAUCGUUUGUAACAGGUUAUAUUGUCACAUGUAUUACAUACAUAGUGAUAGGAUGAGACGGAAUGGCCUCAAGUUGUGCCAGGGGAGAUUCAGGCUGGACGUUAGGAAAUAGUUCUCUGAAAGAAUGGUCAGGUGCUGGAGUGGGCUGCCCAGGGAGGUGGUGGAGUCACCGACCCUGGAGCUGUUCAGAGAAUGUUUAGACAUUGUGUUGAGGGACGUGGUCUAGUGAGAACUGUCGGUGGUAGGUGGAUGGUUGGACUGGGUGAUCUUGGAGGUCUUUCCCAAACUUGCUGAUUCUUUGAUAUUCAUUACAUUCCCAAAUUCAUUAACCUAUCCACACCCAACUAACAGCCUUAGCCUUGUCUGGCAAUCUUCGAUGUCGUCUAGCGUCCUUCUAGCAUGGUGAUGAUCCAUUGUUAGUCCUUGGGGGUCGUUUACUUCCUCCCAGCACUCCUUUUGUCCCAAAGAUUGCUGUGGAAUGCAAGGGCAAGCGGAGAAGUCCGCACACACACAUAAGGAAGACAAAGGGAAACAUCUUGAUGCUCUCUGUCACAUUUUAGGCGUUCCGUUGUUGUUUCUUUUGCCUUGUUAAAGCAGACCAGCCUUACAACACGUCUUCCCAUCUACAAUAAAUACUGCGUCACAACAUCUGUUGUGUGUCAUCAACAUCUCAGGUCUACUGCGGUGCUGCAAGCAAGCAUUAACAGAGUAUUUUGUAUAAUUACUUCCAAUCAGUAUUUAUCUACUUUCCCCUGCUUAGCGAAUGGCUUAAUGCAAAACGUUUCCCACAUCCUACUUGGGGAAACGAGGGGGGCCGUCAAAGAGCCGCUUUAAGGGCAGGCUGCUCCUUGCUCGCUGCUUCCCCCCGUCGGUGCAGGUGUCGGGACUCCCACGUGCAGGGUCGGCAGGGUCGGCAGCGUCGCCGCUAUCGGUUUCUGUUCUGGGCUCUGAGCCGACGCGCGGGACAAGGGAGGAGCUCUGCAUUGAUUGGGGGAGAAACGAAUUUGUAGCAAAGCGCCUGCUGCCUGGCAUCACUUUCUUCCCCUUCUCCGUCGGUGCACAGAGUCCGGAUCCCGACGAUGGCCGUCCCCACCGUGGUGACCCUGCAGCCCCAGGCGGUGUCCGUGGCCACCAACGCCAGGCCCAUGUGGCAGACCGGGCUGAUGGAUUGCUUCACCGACUGGGGCGUCUGCUGCUGCGGGCUGUUCUGCUUCCCCUGCUUGGCCUGCACGGUGGCCGGCGACAUGAACGAGUGCUGCCUCUGCGGGACCAGCAUGGCUAUGAGGACCUUGUACCGCACCCGCUACAACAUCCCGGUCAGUGGGGCGCGGGCGGGGCGAUCCCUUCUCCCCCGUUUGUCUCUCAGUCCCCGGCACAGGCACACGGAGGGGACGCGGGCCAGGCUCAGCACCCUUCCUGCCCUCCCCAUCGGGGAUCGGCCCCGUGCGGGCAGUGGAAGGACGCGGUGUGCUCUUUUCCCCCUCUGCCUCAGACCGGGAAAACGAAAGAUAAGUUGCCCUCCCAAUGCCGGUGGUAAGCCAUCACCUCUCCCUUUCUGUGUUAUCAUCUCCUUUUGGCAAGCCCGCUCCGUCCUGCAGCCCGGAUGGCCCGCUGCUCUGCGGUCAGACCACAACAAAGAGACGCGGAGUGACCAGCUCAGCCCGGCCUUCUCUGUGCCAAAACGUGUUUUUGGGAGACCCCGCUCCUAACGCCUGCCUCUCUC